AUGGCCGUCGAUACGAGUUACUUGACCACUCAGGUCAAUAAUAUUGUCUCUCAGUUGCAUGGUGUUUUUGACGACAUUGGAGUUCCGGGCCAUGAGCGGGACUCGCGCGAGGCAGAGCUCUUCAAUGCUUUGUCGGAGACAUUAAACAACCAUCUCAACCUUGUGGAUAAUGAGAAAGCGGAAAUGGAAGAAGAGGCAUACAGCCUGAUAACCGCGAUGCAACAAAUGGAACGAUCACUAGCGGAUGAAAGGGCCAAUGGCCAGUUUCAUUUGGAUCGUGAUGAGUUGCAAGUCACGUAUCCGUUGAACCGCUGUUUGGUGUCUCUGCGCGAGAAGCAUAAUGCUAUCAGCAAGCUGCAUGCAGAGCGUUUCGAGCAGGUCAAAAAACUGGUCGAGGCCCUCGAAUCGUACGCGUCCCAUCUCGAAUCGUCGUUUGUCUCCAUCGAACUCCCUCCAACGGCACCCGGAUCCUCCGUUCCUCCUAGUUUCGACCUUUCCCCGACUUAUGUUACUGCAUUGGAUAAUGAAUUUACGAGCGUUUACGAAGAAUACUACCGGCGGCUUGAAUUUGUCCAAACAACCUGCGAGGAAAUCAUUAAGCUCUGGGCUGAGCUCGGAACUUCCCAGGUGCAAACCGAUUCUAAUAUUCUCAAGUUCUAUCGCGACUCCCCUGAACAGCUGGGUCUGCACGAGUCCGAUUUAUCUAGCCUGACUGAAAAACGCGAAAAGCUCUUGGAUGAAAAGCAAAAUCGUGAGCGCAGGUUGAACGAACUGCGCACCGCGGUGGAUAGCCUCUGGGACCGCUUCGGCGUCGAGGAGGCUGACCGGAAAGCUUUCCUGAAUGCAAACCGCGGCUGCGGUCUUAGAACGAUCAACGAGUUCGAAGAAGAACUGGACCGUCUCAAUGAACUCAAGGGUCAGAAUCUUCAUCUUUUCGUUGAGGAUGCUCGUUGCCGACUGCAGGAACUUUGGGACAGUCUCUACUUCUCAGAAGAAGAAAUGCUCGACUUCACGCCCGCUUUCUCCGAUGUUUCCAGUGACGCUCUCUUGGAAGCUCACGAGGCUGAAAUUUCGCGAUUGGAGACUUUGAAGGAACAGCGUGCUUCUGUUUUGCAACUUAUCGAUAAGCACCGCGGUCUGCUACAAGAACGCGGUGCAUUGCAAGCUUCGAGUCAGGAUGCCUCCCGCUUGAUGGCUCGCGGGAACAAGGGAGAGAGACGUGACCCGGGCAAGUUGUUGCGUGAAGAGAAGAUGCGCAAGAGGAUCGCAAAGGAACUGCCCAAGGUGGAAGCAGACUUGAGGAAAGAACUGGAGAUGUUCGAGGAUGAAUACGGACGACCCUUCCUUGUCCAUGGGGAGAGCUAUCUCGACGAACUUACGCCAGCCCCUGCGAAGCAACCACCACCACGUUCCAAGACGCCCUCUGGACCGCCUCCCAGUGCUUCCAGGGCAAGCGCACGACCGCAACCGUCGUCUCGCCCGGCCAGUUCAAUGGCGAGUCAGCCGAUGUCCCGUCCCGGAAGCUCUAUGAGAGGACCUCCUCCUCCGCGGUCGGCUACGAAGACACCGACAGGUGGUCAAACGAAAUACAAUACCAUCGGAGCGGUGCGAGGCGCUGGCGCCAAGUCGCCCUCCAAGAUCCCUGCUCGUGUGCCUCUAAGCAACAUGCCCCAGGGCAACAACACACCUGACCGCCGUGUAGGCCCAGGUAACUAUUCCUCGAGCACGUUGAAUGGCAAGUUCCCGUCGACUCGCAUGCCUCCACCAAGGAUGAGGGCACUUACUGCUGGAACCCGUGGUGAAGGAGGCAGUCUGUUUGAGCCUCCACGAUGUAAUAGUGCUCUGUCGAACAGCUUUGUCCGGCCAGUCAGUCCUGACGACUACGACCCCAACCAGAAUUCGUUCAUCAGCUCCUCCAGUCUCUCUCAGUCUCAAAGGUCGACUGGCUUCUCUCAAUCAACCCAUUCAACUCACUCAUCACUGUCCCUCAACUCGUCCCUGCAAGGAUACCCUCGACCAAACCCUUAUCUCUCGCACGCACCGCCUCCACCGGCACCUAGACAAGUCUCGAAUUCAUCGACAGUAAUCACUGGAAACUCUGGUGGCUCAGAAAACUGGGAGACCUUCGGUGAUGAUGACGAGUCGGAGUCUGAACCGGAUGCCAGCGAGGUGUACUAUGCCAAGCUUCGUGCUGCCCAUGGGAAGCGCUUCGCCCCUGAAGAGCUGGCCAGUAAGAAAGCAAAGGGCAUUCGGAGUGUCAGUCCAGAUGAACCCGUUGCCGCUUAUAACAGCCAUAUGCUUCGAGCGGAUGAUGAGUGGACCGAUGAUAUGGAGCCUUAUUGA